AUGGCGUCGCUUGCCAAAAACCUCAAGAAUUUGACGCCGAACAUCCCACGCGCAAUUGUAACUUGGGAUAAGGUUAGAUUAAUUUUCUUUUUCUUUUUUACUUUUUCAUUUUUCAAGGCUGAGCGAAUCCGGAGAAAUGAGGAAAUCUUCAAAAAUCCAGAAAGCGUUGUUCAUCGUCUUCCUGAGCAUUACAAAAGGCGUUAUUGGGAAAUGAUCUUGUCCGACAGAAAACCCGUCCACUAUCAGUACUUUUAUUAUAUUUAGUUUUUGUUAUUCUUAAUAUGAAUUUUUUCAGGCUACCUACAGCGCGAUUUGCCUGGGAUCCUGUAAGAAAUGAGGAAAUUGAGUUGGAGAAUAAUCCUAUAAUCGGUAACUUCAAUUAAAAAGGUCAUUCUGUUAUCUUUGUUUUCAUCAAACUAGGUAUUCAUCCACCUGAAGCCGACGAAGGUCUUUGGGGUGGGGAACGUGUUGUGAAAGGAUGGAUUGAAUCAGCUCCUUACACCAAGAAAAAGAUUUUGCCUAGGUAACUGCUGGAAAUUAUGAAUUUGAUCAAAACAAUUACUUUUCAGAUACUGGGUUCCAAAGUUGUACUUUCCAAAUUUGAAAGAAGUUGUAUUGUAUUCAGAAAUCUUAGACAAAUACAUGCAGGUAUAAAUAUUCCGAAGGAAGUCCGCAAUUUUCGGAAACUUUCAGAUAACUGUGACAGAAAGAGCUCUGAGGCUGAUUGAUUCGCAUUUCGGUCUAGAUUAUUACAUUUUGGAAACGCCGGAAAUCGAUUUGGAUUCCAAGUUUGCUAAUAGGUUUUUUUAAAGUUUUUUAGAAAAGUUUGAAGUUUUUCAUUUUUUCAGACUGAAGCGGGAAAUGCUUUUGGCUCUUUCGAAACAGCUGUACUACCCUGAAGACCAAGAAAAAAAGGAUUAUAUCAAGCAAAAGUAGGUUUUCAAGCUUAACCAUAUAUUCUGUUGAUUUUUUUUUUUCUGAAAGUGCAGCUUCCAGAUUUUCUUGAAUCAUUUAAAAGAAGAAAGUCCGACUUUAAACUCAAUUUUGCGCAUUGUUUUGUUGAAUGUAGGAACUUUUUAAAAGUUAAUAAAAAAAGUUUUGAGGAUUAAAAGUGGAGCGAAAAGUUACGUCAGGAUGAAAAUCGGAAGUGAAAAAGCUAAGAAUAUAUGGCGAUUUUUGUUUAUUAGUUUUGAAAUUUUCUAGAAUGUUCUAACUAUUAAAUUCAAUUGAGGUACGCGUCUUUUGUGAUUCCGGAGGAGGAAGCCGAAUGGAUCGGAUUGGAUUUGAACGAGGCGGCCAGAAAACAGCAAGACAUUGAACAAAGCACCGCCGCCGAACCUCUCAAAUACAAGUUUGUUCAUUUUCUAGAUUAUUUUCCGAACGAUAAGAAUAAUUUGAGAACAAAAAGGAGAAAAUUUGGGCUGGUUAAGAAUAGAGAAAGUUGAAAUAACUUUUUUUUUUUUUCCUUUCAAAAAAAUGCUGGCUUUUUUUAGUAGUUUUUUUGUACUCCAAAAAAGAAACUCAUCUAUUCUCGCGUCUCUUCCGUUGACAAAAGCGAAUAUUACAAUGAAUCUCGAGAAAAAAAGGAACCUAAUUGUCAAUUUGGAACGAAAAAUGAAAUUUUUUUCAUCUAUUAAAUUCCAUAGAGAAUUCUUCUUUUUACCAUUCAUGACAAGACAGUUUCAAAUUUUGACUAAAAAUUUCAACUGGACUGGAAUUCAGCACGUUUGAUUAUUUAAGAACAUAAUAGCAUUUUGAGGAAACUGAUCAUGGAAUAAAAAGUGAUGAGCAUGGAUUUCUAUGGAUAUGGCUUCAGAUUUGAACGAGAGCUGGUGGAGCGGCUGCGACUUGGCGCCGAAGAACCGACGGCCGAUUCCGAAGACGUCGACGGACCUCGGCCCACUGAGAGUCAGUUCGGAGAUCGACUGCUCGGCAAAUAUCUCAACCCCAUCGGCCAGAAGCUUCGUUCCGCUACCAGAUAA